AUGGCACAAAUACAGAUUAAAAUAGAGCCAGAAGAAGAAGAGGAUUCUAUGGAUAUGGAAGUGAGUUUGAAAAUAGAACACGGAGAUGAGAGCCAAUCGGCUUUGAGCAUCGGUUCACAACAUUUAUUACAAGAAAAUCUAGUUGUUAUUAAAGAAGAAUUACGAGAUAAUAUAGAUGUAAAGAUAGAACCUAUAGAUAUAAAAGAUUGUAAGGAGGAUGGGGAUGUAGAUGAAAAACAAGGAAUAUAUUACGAGAGUGAACCUGAAGAUCUCUCGGUAAGGAAACCAAUGGGUUACAGCUCAUGCGAUGAAGAUAAAUCACAAGGAUCUGAUCUGGACUAUCUACCACAUAAUGAAGACAAGACAAAAGAACCAAAUGUGAAGCCUACAUUCAAUGGAAAAAUUAGAAAGGACAAGGAACAGAAAUAUUCAGAUGAGAUAACGAAACACAUAGAGAUAGUGACUAUAGAUGAAUCGGCCCGUCAACUGGAGCAUCGAGAACUAUUGGCUGGACGGCUUCAUAUGAACUACACAUGUGAACCCUGCGCGCUGGGUUUCGUGGUGGAAGAGGCGUACGUCAUGCACAUGAAAAUACACUCGCCGGAAAACGGUCCACACGAGUGCAGUAUAUGCAAGUCCCGCGUCAAAUCCCUGGACGUGUUGUAUCGUCACAGAUUACGUCACUACCGCCGCUAUCGCUGCGCCAUCUGUCGGUUACAAUUACGUGACAAAGACACUGUCGCCGCUCACGUGAUGAGGGAACAUUUGGGAUCCGCUUUCCUCUGCACACAUUGCGGCAGGGGGUUCAAACGUCCUCAAUAUUUGAAGCGUCACGUGGAACAGAUGCACACGCGGCCGCUUCACUUGGAGUGUCCCGUGUGUCACAGGGUGUUCUACGAACGAGGAUGGUAUAGGUGUCAUGUUAGAACCCACAACGAACAAGUCAAACAGCGUGCUGAUCGUAAAGCGGUGUGUUCGCACUGCGGGCGUGAGUUUAGGAACAAGUCGUAUUUAAUACGACACCUACAUACACACGAGGACAGACAACAGGUGCGGUGUGAAGAAUGUGCGAGGUGCUUCAAGAAUAAUGAGGUGCUGAGGGUGCAUAGACGACAACAUCAUACCGAGAACCCUUCUAGCCCAGCGAAUACUACUUGCGAGCAGUGCGGCCGAGUGUUGACUACACGCGCGAUGCUAACGAGACACAUUAAUAGGAUGCACACGGACAGAACUAAGAAGUUCCAAUGCGACUACUGCAAGCGUCACUACUUCUCCAAAGCGGAGGUCCGUUCUCACAUCGAGUGGACCCACCUACAGCAGAGAAGACACGCGUGUACCUGCGGCAGAGUGUUCCGUACACCAGCGAGACUCAGGGCCCACGCGUGUACCGUACACCUCAGAAUACAACAACCGAGGGAUAAAACGUGUCCCGUGUGUGGGAAAAUGUUCGCGAACCAACAAGUCUUAACGCGUCACAUUCGAGGUCACUCCGGCGAGACCUACCCUUGUACAGAAUGCGGGCAGUCAUUCAAAACACAAUCAUACGUUAAAAUACACUACAAGAUAAAACAUUUAAACAUGACGCGAGCCGAAAUAAAAGCGCAGAGCAAAAGAAAACUCAUUAUGUUGGAGAACGUAGAAGAAAGUAUGAACGCUAAGAUUAAGAAGAAGAAUAAUAUAAAGAAGGAUCCAUUGAAUAUAGAAGGAAGUGUUAGAAUAAAGAAGGAAAUUACAGAUAUAACGGUACCUCUGUUUGAAACAUUCGUUGAUAUACAAAGGGAGUAUUGA